AUGGAUGAUGAUUUACAAGCAUUUAUUGCUUUUACAGAGAGAGAAGGAUUUUGUGAAGAUCAAAAAUAUAUGAGCGACUUCUAUCCAGAUUAUGUUUACGCGUAUCGAAAUACCAAUUAUGAUAACAAAUAUUCAUUACUUGAAUUAUGUUGUUAUCACGGGUCUGUUAAUUGUUUUAAGUUUUUAAGAACAAAAUUUAACUCAAAAAUUACUCAUUGCUGUGGUCAAUAUUCAUUUUUGAGCGGGAAUCCAGACAUUAUUGCCGAAUGCAUAAAUAAUCAGGACGAUUUUUUCAUAUAUUUUUAUUCCAUGCCAUAUGCGAUCAUUUCACAUAAUAUUGACUUUAUUUCUUUCUUGGUCAAUGAGAAAGAACAAACUAUUGAUUUAGGAUCUUGUAUUGAAUAUAAUAAUAUCUUAGCAUUUUUGGUACAUUUGGAUCAAUCUAAAACUAUCGGCGAACAUUUUCCUGCUUCAAUUCAUUUCAACAUCAAAGGUCUCUGGGGAUAUCUUCUUUCACAUGGCGCAGAUCCUAAUGCUACAACAACUGAUAAGUUAACAGCUCUUCAUUUAUCAAUUCUUGAAAAAAACACGCAAAGAGUACAAUUUCUUAUUGCACAUGGUGCCAAUGUUAACGUAUUUGAUUCUAAUUUUAGAACCCCACUUCAUUAUGCUAUAGAAAAUAACUGCCUAGAAAUAGCAAAAAUUCUUAUAUCAGGUGGUGCAAAAAUAAAUGUUAAUGAUAAAAAUUGUCAAACUCCACUUCAUUAUGCAGCUCGAGCUAAUGCGAAGGAAAUUGCCUCAUUACUCAUUUCACAUGGUGCACUUAUCAACGAUCUUGAUAACAAACAUAUGCCGCCUAUUAAAGUUGCAGCAUUACAUAAUAGCAAAGAAACACUAGAAUUCCUUUUGUCACAAGGCGCUUCAACCCAAACAUUAUGGACUGAGAAAACAACUCUACUUAUGUAUGCUGCGAUGGGGAAUAGUAAAGAAACAGCAGAUUUCCUUAUUUCUCAUGGAGCUGAUGUCAACGCCAGUAAUGUAGGGAUGCGACGGUUUUACGCCAUGACCGUUUAA